GGAAGUGGCCUAACUUCUCGGAGCAGGUGUCUUCGGAGGAGCUCAGUGGAGGCGUGAGGAGGGGAAAUUUCACAUACUGCAUUUCCCUCUUUAUACCUCCUUGCGUACUAAACUUUUAGAUGUUUGCAAAAAUGGUUUCUAAGUUGACAUCUUUGCAACAGGAGCUUCUUAGCGCCUUGUUGGACUCUGGAGUUACCAAAGAUGUGCUUCUGCAAGCGCUGGAGGACCUGGACCCGACCCCGAGCGCUUUUGGAGUUAAACUGGACAGUCUGCAGAUGUCCCCCUCCGGGUCCAAACUCAGUGAUACGGAUUCAAAGCCUGUGUUUCACACGCUGACCAAUGGACACGGUAAAGGGAAGUUAUCAGGGGAUGAGGGCUCAGAGGACGGGGAUGAUUACGAUACACCGCCGAUACUGAAAGAGCUCCAGUCUCAAAACACAGAAGAAGCAGCGGAGCAGAGGGCAGAAAUCGAGCGAAUGUUGGCGGAGGACCCGUGGCGAGCGGCCCGCAUGAUCAAAGGCUACAUGCAGCAGCACAAUAUCCCUCAGCGCGAGGUGGUGGAUGUGACAGGCCUCAAUCAGUCGCACCUGUCGCAGCACCUGAAUAAAGGCACGCCUAUGAAAACGCAGAAACGCGCGGCGCUCUACACCUGGUACGUCAGGAAACAGCGGGAGAUCUUGCGACAAUUUAACCAGGCACAAGGCUCUGGCAGCAACAUGUCAGACAAAGCCAACCAGGAUCAGGUGCUGCUUUUUUUCUCAGAGUUCAGUCAGUCCGGGCAGAGUAUGGGGCAGUCAGUGGACGAUGCUGGCAUUGAACCUGCUUGCAAGAAGAUGAGACGCAACCGCUUCAAAUGGGGUCCUGCAUCCCAACAGAUUCUUUACCAGGCUUAUGAACGACAGAAGAACCCCAGCAAAGAGGAGAGGGAGGCACUGGUGGAGGAGUGCAACCGAGCUGAAUGCCUCCAGAGAGGAGUAUCGCCUUCUAAAGCUCACGGGCUUGGCUCCAACCUGGUCACGGAGGUGCGAGUCUACAACUGGUUUGCCAACAGGAGAAAGGAGGAGGCCUUUAGACAAAAACUGGCUAUGGAUGCCUAUAGUGGACCAACGCACAGUCUGAACUCCCUUCUUGCACACGGUUCUCCACAUCACCCACAAACCAGCAGUUCCCCACCAAGCAAGAUGCAAGGUGUCCGGUACAGCCAACAAGGUCCUGGUGAAGUCAGUUCUUCAACAACGAUCAACCACCAUAGCAGCAAUGCCAUGGCAACCAGCCAGUCAGUGUUACAGCAGGUCUCUCCGGGGGCGCUGGACCCCAGCCACAGCCUCCUGUCACCUGACGUCAAGAUGAUCUCUGUAUCAGGCGGAGGUCUUCCUCCAGUCAGCACCCUGACCAACAUCCAUGCAUCCCACCACGUGCACCAACAGACCCCCAACCUCAUAAUGCCGCUUUCUGGAGUCAUGGCCAUCGCACAAAGUUUAAACACGUCACAGGCGCAGACGGUACCUGUCAUCAACAGCGUUGCAGGCAGUCUGGCAGCUUUGCAGCCAGUGCAGUUCUCGCAGCAGCUGAAUGGCCCACACCAGCAGCUCAUGCAACAGUCACCUGGUCACAUGAGCCAGCAGCCCUUCAUGGCCUCCGUCUCACACUCACACAUGUACUCACACAAGCAGGAGCCGCCCCAGUAUUCUCACUCAUCUCGGUUUCCCCCCGCCAUGGUUGUGACAGACGCCAACAGCCUCAGUACACUGAGCUCAAUGUCCUCCAGCAAACAGUGUCCACUGCAGGCCUGGUGAGCACGUACACCUGACUUCCUCAAUGCCUAGCAACAGGAGCACAUCGUCCCCACCUCCAUUCCCCCUCAUCGUGCCCGUAUCUGUGGCAACCCAUAAUAAGCACGAGAGGCACGCUGGAUGAUGAGUUAGUCAAUAAACCUGGGGAAGCAGGACUGACGAGAACGGACGCUGUUAGGUUGUUUUGUUGCAUCAGAAGUCUGGCUUGUACGAUCAACAUUGGUACACAGUAUUUUACUUCUCAGUGAUGGACUUGGGUGAUCCUGAAGAACAAAGCUACAGAUACAAAGACCAGAACGGAGCGGAAAGACCUGAUUUCCUGGAAUAGAAGCACAAAGUGUCCAUAUGUGCUUGGUGAAGACAAUCAGCCAAUGUUAGAAGCACCUGUAGGAGUUUAUGUAACGUGUAACUGAUGCAAAGACGUCUUCCGUGAGAUCUAAAUGCUUAGACAAUGUUCUGUACAGUUGAAUGUAAAUACAAACAAUUAUUAUAUCAUUCGUAUGAAGGAUGUAAAUAUUCAAUAGUCCAUGUGGUGUGCUGUUUUCUCUGUCUAAACUGUGAUUCAGGAUGUGACAAUCUAUGAAACAUAUAUGCAAUGUGUUGCGAUUUCAGACGUUUUCGACUACUUUGUUGACGUCGAAUCUUAAAAGUGAGAAAAUUGUAAAGCACAUUUAACAAACCUGAACCUAUUGAUCUCCCUGCAAGCCUGGUUUUAAAAUAGACGCUAUUGUCAAUGUUGACUAUUAGCAUUAGUGUCGUCAGUUAGAUAACAGUCUGUGCCAGGACUUCCACAGUAUGACAAACUCCCAUCCAAGAAAGAUACGGUCGAUUCAGAGAGACAGAUAACUCCAUCCGCAUAGCCACUCACAAUCUUUGCGAUAUCAACGGGAACGGCCGUGAAUCAUGACGUGCCUUUCUAAUCUAAAUAUUGACUUACAAUCAAACUGUCAUUGUCAUGGUGGAGAGAUACGGGACAAGAGCGUCCCGUCGAAUGGUUAUCAGUAGGAAUUUCAUAAAAGUUGGGAAACUGAGCCCGUUCGCCAUUUUAAACAGUAUUACCUGCUCACACCACUCUGAACUACCAGGAAGCAUUGUGAAAUAGCUUUUAUUGUGGCUCUUUACCUUGUUGUUUUUUUUACAUUUACUGGCAUGUAUGUCCACAAUUUCAAAACUGACACUGUCAUUUUGGUAAACUGAAGAAACGAGUGCACACGUCCCCAUCUAAGAGUUUGAAUACUUGUCAAAAGGUCACUUCAAUGUUUGUUUUUAAUGUUGUUGACUAUGUUCCCACUGCCAGUUGACCUGAGGUUACAGUGCUGGUGUAUUCUCCUGUUUUAAGCUGGAUUUAUACAAAAUGUGAUUCUGUCCACAUUGUAUUAUUUUUGUAUAAAAUGAAAUCAAUCUUUUAAAAUCAUUAUUUAUGCUUUACGAAAAAAGUUUCAAGUAAAGUUUUUUUUCUCAAGA